AUGCCUCGGGCUUUCUUAGUGAAAAAAUCCUGUGUGUCUGUGGGCAAGAGGAACUGGAGUGAAUUGCCCGAUGAAGAGAGAGGAGAGAUCUAUGUACCAGUCUGCCUGGGGGGCUGUGCCCUGGGCAAGGACUUGGAGCCCUCGGUGGCUGAAGCCCCCUCGUAUCCGAUGCCCCUGGACCUGACCCUGCGAGAUCCGAGCUACACGGCUGCCCAGCUCCCUGGGGAGGUGCCCCCAGCUGGGCAGCACAAUGGGUUCCCGCGGCCCAAAAUGAAGGUGACGUUGGGCGCGGGGCUGGGCGAGCUGUUCUCCUGCCCCGUGUGCCAGAAGGGCUUCAGCUACCAGCGCAUGCUCAACCGGCACCUCAAGUGCCACAGCGAGGUCAAGCGCCACCUGUGCCCCUACUGCGGGAAGGGCUUCAACGACACCUUCGACCUCAAACGCCACGUCCGCACACACACAGGCGUGCGCCCGUACAAGUGCCACCUGUGUGACAAGGCCUUCACGCAGCGCUGCUCGCUGGAGUCACACCUGAAGAAGAUCCACGGGGUGCAGCAGCGCUACGCCUACAAGGAGCGGCGGGCCAAGCUCUACGUGUGCGAGGAGUGCGGCUGCACGGCCGACAGCCAGGAGGGUCACCUGCUCCAUCUGCGGGAGCAGCACCCCGACAGCCCCUUGCUGCGCAAGGCCUCGCGCAAGACGGCUGCCUCCCUGCACAGUGCCCUCCCCACGCUGCUGCAGAGCAGCCCGCGCUUGUGA